CUAGCGCCCCUUCGCCAGUCUGCAGCCGGCAGAAAGUUUAAUUCAUAGAGAUGGUGAAACAAACGAUCCAGAUCUAUGCACGGGUGAAGCCCCUGGGCAGGAGGCAGCCAGCGGGGAUAUAUUCAGCUACUGAAGAUGAGACAUCAGCUUUCAGUUUGGAGAUUAUUGUGCCCCGUGAUUUGGCAGAUGGAUUUGUCAAUAAUAAACGAGAAAGCUACAAGUUUAAGUUUCAGAAAGUUUUUGAUCAGGAAGCAAAACAGGAUGACAUUUUUGAAACUAUUGCCAAGCCAGUUGCUGAAUGUGCUCUAGCUGGCUACAAUGGCACUAUAUUUGCCUAUGGACAGACAGGAAGUGGCAAAACAUUUACCAUUACUGGGGGAGCAGAACGUUAUAGUGAUCGAGGCAUCAUUCCAAGGACCUUGUCUUAUAUUUUUGAGCAGUUGCAAAAGGACAGUAGCAAAGUAUAUACAACACACAUUUCCUACUUAGAAAUUUAUAAUGAGUGUGGUUAUGAUCUACUGGACCCAAGACAUGAAGCCUCCAAACUAGAAGAUUUACCAAAGGUGACAAUAAUGGAAGACCCUGAUCAGAACAUUCAUCUGAAACAUCUCUCUUUGCAUCAAGCAGCCAACGAGGAGGAAGCACUUAACCUUCUUUUCUUAGGAGACACCAACAGGAUGAUUGCAGAGACGCCAAUGAAUCAAGCCUCCACUCGUUCACACUGCAUUUUUACGAUUCAUAUCUCAAGCAAAGAACCAGGAUCAGCAACCAUUCGACGUUCCAAACUGCAUUUAGUUGAUCUGGCUGGUUCAGAGCGUGUUGCAAAGUCUGGAGUUGGAGGUCAGCUGCUGACAGAGGCCAAAUAUAUCAAUCUGUCAUUACAUUACUUGGAACAGGUAAUUAUUGCCCUGUCAGAGAAACACCGGUCACAUAUCCCCUAUAGAAACUCUAUGAUGACCUCAGUGCUAAGAGACAGCUUAGGAGGAAACUGCAUGACUACAAUGAUUGCAACAGUAUCAAUUGAAAAAAGGAACAUAGAUGAAUCUAUAUCAACUUGUAGAUUUGCACAGCGUGUUGCCCUUAUCAAGAAUGAAGCAGUUCUUAAUGAAGAAAUUGAUCCCAGACUGAUAAUUGUACAGUUAAAGAAAGAAAUCCAAGAGCUAAAAGAUGAAUUGGCCCUGGUGACAGGGGAACAAAGAUCUGAGGAACUUACACAAGAAGAGCUAUUUCACAUUGGUGAGAAGAUUAAAUAUUUUUUGGAAGAUACAGAUCCUGAAAGCACAUUGGAUGUUGGUGCUGAUAUGCGGAAGAUCAAAUACUGUUUCAGCCAUUUAAAGAUACUGCUUAAUGAUUCAAAGCCCUGUGAGAAUGCCCUGCUUGCAUCAGACAUUCCUGAAGACAAAGAUGGAAAUAGCUCAUCUGGGAAUGAAGAGUUAAAGAAGCUGAAGGAUCUUCUGCAGCAACGAGACAAUGAAAUCAAUAUUUUAAUAAAUAUGUUAAAGAAAGAAAAAAAGAAAGCCCAAGAUGCCCUUCUUCAGCUUAACUCUUCUUUAAGAGAGGGCCCAACCUCAGAAAGUUCUCUUCUUCCAAAAGAAGUAGAAAGUGAACACCCGUUACCUGUCUCUUUGGAAGCUAAAUCUGGUUUUCUUCUCAAGAACACAGAGGUAGGAGGAGCAAUGUCACUUGGACGCCAAGAAGCCUUUGAAAUUUUCAAGAGAGAUUAUGCUGAUAGUAUAACCAUUGAAGACAAUAAGCAGCUCCUUAAGCAAAGGUUUGCAGAAGCAAAAUCUCUAGGAGAAAAAGUAAAUGAGAUAAGAAACAGAAUCAACCAUUUGAAAGGAGAGAUAACGCAGCGGCACAUGCAAAAAGCAGCUCAAGUUAUUGUCAGUUCACAAAAAAUGGAUGAACCUGAUCCAGUGGAAGAGGCACUUCGGGCACAAAUUGAAGAGGAGAAAAUCAGCUAUAAAACAAUGUUCACUCGCUUGAAAGGAAUGAAGAUAGAGAUUGAACACUUACAACACCUUAUGGAAAAAGUGAAGGUGAAAUUACAAAAAGACUUUGAAGCAUGGUGGUCUGAAGAGGCAAAAAAGUUACAGAUGCAUGAAGAAAAGCCACCUUUGCUUAAUUCACCCUUGUUUCUUGAAGCCCAGCCAAACUCCAGCCAAUGUGAUAACCGGGUUCCAAAUAACAGCACAGCCAGCUUCAGAGUAGAAUCUCCAGUGACAAGCAGCUUACACUAUCUCAGCAACUCCGCCUCAGAAGCAAGAAUUUCCCCAAGUUCAAGUUCAUCCAUCCCUCUCACAGGAGACCGUCAAACAGAUGCUGAUAUUCUAGCUUUCAUUAGAGCGAGACGGAAUCUCCAGCAAAAGAAAGGACUGAGGAACAAGUGACUUUUCAAUUAUGCAACAACCUGCCAUCUCAUACAUGAAAGUGAAAAGAACAGCUGUACAACUGGAACCAAUGGAUCUUUGAGCUGCAGCUCAAUUUACAACAGAACAAGCAAAUCAAAUGGCUUUGUGUUUUUCCACCCAAGGAAUGGUGUUCAACAUGUGUUUUCAGUGUUUUCCUCAUUGCGAAGAACAAGCAAAGGCAAACAGGAACUCCAAGUGUGAGUUUAUUAAGAACCUGAUGGCUAUUUUAUAUGGCCUAUAAACGUCAAGAUUAUUUAGUACCUUUCAAAAAUGCUUUUCAAUGCCUACUGCAAGCAGAAGAAUCCUUUGCCAGGAGGUUUUCUGUCCCUUGGAAUCUGAUCAAAUGCUUGCCUAAUUCUCAACAGGUUGGAUUUGCACAUUUUGUUGGGUCCUUUGUUUCAUUUUGGUUUCCAUUGGCUUAAAAGCACUGUGCGAAAGAAAAUAUUUUCGUCCCAUGUGAUUUCAUUUAGAGAGCUGUUAAUUAAUGCCAGCAAUUAAAAACAAGAUCAAGACAUUACAAAACCUGAUCUUCAUCAUGAAAUGAUAUUUUGUAGCUCCUUGUUCACCAAAGAGUGAGGGUGUCAGACACUCUACAGUCCAUUAAGUGCUAGCUGGUAAAUUGGUGCUGAGAUUUUUCCUUAACUGUAACAACUGGAUUAUUUUUCUAAAUCAGUUAUUUCAGUUUCUGUGUUAAUAAUUUCUGUGGUCGCUGUUGGGAUCCUGGAAUCCUGCAUCAGUGCGGACCCACUUUCCCUCUGUUUGUGGACAGGCUUGAGCAACCUUUUUAUUGCAUGUAAUUAUUAAGUGUAAUAGAACCAACAAACUAAUUUCAGUUAACACAAAUUGGAAAUGAAUCAGAGAGUAAAAGAAAAAAAAUAAAGCUGCUGCUGAAUUUCUCUAGAUUGCAAAAUCUGCAGCCUGAAAUGAUUGGUGUUGCUUCUGAGAGACUUUGCAACAAUGAGCCUUCUAAAUGCAGUUUCUUGUGGAAUGACUAAAAGAAAAAUAAACACCUUUUCAUUUGGAAUGCAAAA